AAAGGAGGUAAUUCUCUGGUUGGCAGGCAGAUUCUAGUUCAAAGGCGUCAAAUUUGAGGAAAAAAAAUGAAUUUCACUUCUUGUUUCUCAAGUUGCUUCUCUUCCACAUCAAAACCAGGAAGGAAUGAAUCUGGUGGAGAAAACGAUCAGGAUAUGUGCAUUUUCACUUAUAAUGAGCUGAGAAUUGUUACCCAAAAUUUCUCCAGCUCAAACAAGAUUGGAGGAGGCGGUUUUGGCACUGUAUACAAGGGUAGGCUUAGAAAUGGCACUGCUGUAGCUGUAAAGGUGCUUUCUGUUGAACUUGAGUCAAUGAGAGGGGAGAGGGAGUUCAUAUCUGAAAUAGCUGCACUUUCCAAUAUCAAGCAUGAAAAUCUUGUCACACUUAGAGGGUGUUGUGUGGAAGGAGCUAACAGGUUCUUGGUCUAUGAUUACAUGGAAAACAACAGCUUAGCACACACUUUACUGGCUCGAGAGCAAAACAGGAUGCAAUUUGGUUGGGAGAAUAGAAGGGAAAUCUUACUAGGAAUAGCUCGAGGGUUGGCCUACCUUCAUGAUGAGGUCCAACCCUAUAUCUUGCACAGGGAUAUCAAAGCCAGUAACAUACUUCUUGAUCAGAAUUUCACCCCAAAAGUUUCAGAUUUUGGUCUUUCAAGGCUUCUGAGGGUUGACAUUUCUCACAUUAGUACUCAUGUUGCUGGGACACUGGGCUAUAUUGCGCCAGAGUAUGCUGUCAGUGGACGUUUGACGCGAAAAACAGAUGUUUACGGUUUUGGAGUACUGCUGUUGGAGAUCAUCAGUGGUCAGUCGGUUGUUGAUUUUGAUUUAGAACAUGGCGAACAUUACCUGGUUCAAAAGGCAUGGGAAAUGUAUAAGGCUAACAGCAUAAUACAAUUGGUGGAUCCAACACUGGGUAUGAACUACCCUGAAGAAGAAGCUGUUAGAUUCAUCAAGGUUGGUCUGCUUUGCGUUCAGGAGAUUGCCAAUCUCAGACCAGGGAUGUCAGAAGCUCUGAAAAUGCUGAGCAAUGAGAUUGAUGUUGGACCUGUUCAAGUUUUACAACCUGGCCUUGUUGCUGAUCUUAUGGGCAUCAAGUUAAGCAGAAAAGACUCGUCUCAGUGCUCUUCCUCCAAUGUCUCUAGCAUGGAAAGCAGGCCUGGUCUCCAUAGUGCAUACUUUUGACAUCAAAAAAAUGAUUGCAGAACCAUGUAAAUAGUUCAAAUUCAUUCCUGAUAAAUUUGUUGUGCGAUUCUAACAAGCUGUGUUUCAGAAUGGAGAGGAUUAUAUUGCUUUGAAAGAAAAAUAAGAAGGAAAUAAAUAGCUUUUCCCAAU